AUGUCUGUCCGGAGGCACAUUGGGAAUCCUGAGUAUCUGACCAAAAGAAUACCACAAAACCCAAAGUAUCAGCAUGUCAAGUCAAGACUGGACACUGGUAACAGUAUGACUAAAUACAUUGAGAAGCUAGAAGAGAUCAAAAAAAAUUACAGAUACAAAAAAGAUGAGCUUUUCAAGAGAUUAAAAGUUACCACCUUUGCCCAACUGGUCAUCCAGGUUGCUUCCUUGUCAGAUCAAACACUGGAAGUGACAGCUGAGGAGAUUCAAAGACUAGAAGACAAUGAUUCUGCGAUUUCAGACCCUGAUGCUGAAGUCACUGCCAGCACCAAUGGGAAGGGGAGCCCCAGUGAGCAGUCGCCGAGCCCUGUCCAGUUCAUCAACAGCGUGGGAGUGGGGGACUCCAGUCGCUCCACACUCCAGAGCGUCAUCAGUGGUGUUGGAGAGCUGGACCUAGACAAAGGGCUAGUGAAGAAAGCAGAGCCCAACAGCAGAGACAAGCCGUAUCCCGACUGCCCCUUCCUGCUGCUAGAUGUGCGCGAUAGAGACUCUUACCAGCAGGGCCACAUUGUCGGAGCUUACAGUUACCCAAUCGCAACUCUGUCUAGAACAAUGAACCCUUAUUCAAAUGAUAUUCUUGAAUAUAAAAAUGCUCACGGCAAGAUCAUCAUUCUGUACGACGACGACGAGAGGCUGGCCAGCCAGGCGGCCACCACCAUGUGCGAGCGGGGCUUCGAAAACCUCUUCAUGCUUUCCGGAGGUCUCAAAGUCCUAGCUCAGAAAUUCCCCGAAGGACUGAUGACAGGUUCCCUGCCAGCAUCUUGCCAGCAAGCCCUUCCUCCUGGUUCUGCCCGGAAACGAUCCAGCCCCAAGGUGCCGCCCCCGCCGGCGGAGAAUAAGUGGAGAUUCACCCCAGAAGACCUCAAGAAGAUAGAAUAUUACCUGGAAGAGGAGCAGGGCCCGACAGACAGUCUCAGCCGGCUGAGCCACGCUCACGCUUCGGCCAGAGACUCCAAGGCACCCAGCUCCCGCGGCAGCAGCCAGAGCCUGUCCUCCGGGGGCCCCGCCGGCCACGCCAGCCCCCGCUCCCAAGGCAGCGGCCACCUGCAAGGCAAGCCCUGGAAGUAA